CUUCAAUUCAUCAUUCUCUCUUUCAUCAGUUUUAAUAAGUUUUAAUACAGCAACCUGAUAUCAGUUUCUCUAAAAAGUUCAAAAGACGGUUCCUUUCUUAUACAAAUCAAACACAGGGAUUUGAAAACUCAAACAGAUAUGAAGCGAACGAGUGAAAAAGGGUUUAUGGGUGUAAGAUUAUCCCGAUCGAUAAGCGGCGGCAAAAGGGUAUCUCUUUUCCUUGACGACGGCGCCGAUGAAGUUUCCACGACGACAACUACAUUAAAGAGACAGUGUAGUGAAAAAUUCAUCAUUAAUCCUACGAUGUCUCUGCUUGAGACUCUGCCUCAGGAUCUUCUCAUUAGAGUUCUAUGUCGAGUUGAUCAUGAUGAUUUAAAACAGCUUGUUCUUGUGUCGAAACCGGUUAGAGAAGCAAGUUUGGUGGCAAAGAAAUGGCAUUUUGAGUAUAGCACUCCGAAGAAGAUUGCUGCAUUUAGAAAUUCAAUGGAUUUGGAUGGUGGUGGUGGUGAUGAUGACGAUGAUGUUAGUUCAUGUGAAAUUGAGGCUCCAAAUGCUCCUAGACAAAUUCGGCGGCGUAUAAGAUCCUGUCUGAGUGGGAGGAAGAAGAAGCUGGGGGAUAUAUCAGUGGCCUUAUUUACUUCUUCUUCAUCGGAGGAAGAUGAAGAAGAAGAAGAUGCACGGUGGCCGAGGAAACAACUGUGAUGGUUUAUUUAGACAUGUUCUUCUAUUGAAGAAGAUGAUGAUAGGAGGAUAUGGGUUUUUUUGAUUUAUACAUGUUCUUCAAUCCUUCCAUUGAAGAAAGACUGUUUUUUUAAGGAUGGGUAUUGUUUGAUUUCUCAACGUUUAUGUCAUCUCCAUGAAUUUUUACAAAUUGGAGAAGACUUGAUUUUAGAGUGGGGUUGUCUUGUUGAGACUAUUUCCAUUCUUUUAGGAAAUUGUAAUGUAAUUAUUUAUGUAUAUUAAAUGUAGUAUGUUAAGAAUGUUUGAUUAGCCUC